AUGGCCUCGACUUCUGGUUUGGACGGUCUUCCCAAGCGCUUUGUAAAGAAUCAGGUGGGUCCCGCUGGCGAGGAGCUAGGAUGGGACGCAGUCAAGAAGCUUCGGGUAAACCAAUCCAGUGCUUCUAAUCCUAUCCAUGUGAAUCAGAUUGAGAUCUAUGGGUGCGAUGGCAUCAACCAUGCUUUGCAAGCGAAUGGCGGCCAGGCCCGCCAGUCCUCCAUGCAUGGUUCUGGUGAAGGGUAUGGUCCUGCACAUCUGGUUAUCGACGGCUACCGCUGGGGCCGUUGUAAUCACACUGCUCAUGCAGACAAUGGUUGGCUCGAAGUGGAGCUGGCCAGGCCGACCGACGUGGAAAGCUUUGUUAUCUUCAACAUGUCUGAUGAUGAGUAUGACCAUCGGAUGCGUCUGUGUGGCCACACGGUGAAGCUAUUCGACGAGUCUGAUCGUGUUGUGUACCAGCAAGAGAUUACUUUAGAUGGUGAUUCGUCCUUGUUCGAUAAGGAGCAGAAAUGCCGACAGCUCUGGGUAAAUGAGGAUGCCAAACCUGUGUUGGCAAACUUGACCUUGGAGAAGGACGAGGCCAGAGAGGGCCACGCCAAGAUAACUGCGACACAGAUCAGUGGCAAGCACCUCGCAACAUUGUCUAUGGACAUUGCAACCAGCCGCUUUGUGGAGAGCCUUUGCCACCGCAUACACGAAGAAGCUGGCAUACCAGCCCACUCUUUGAGAUUACUGCUUCCUGAUGAUCGAGUGCUGCGACUGCACAGCGACAUGGAGGUGAGUCUGGAAGGGUUGCUCUCAGACACGGGCAAGGCAAGCGCCGCAAGCGCCGAGCCCUAG